GCUUUCCGUGCGUGGUUGGUUUUGUGCUCGAUGUAUUUUGGCUGCUGAAGGUUUAAUGUAUGAUGUAAAAUCAACAUAAAACUACGUUACAUGUGCUUUCUCGUGGUGCAUUAUUGAUACUUUUCUAUCGUUGACAUACAUAUUGUCGUCUAAAUUAUAAUCUAAUGCAGUGAACUUUUAUCAAUAGAAGGAUAGCUAGUGAAAAUUCCAAAGUGGUCUCAUUUUUUUUAGAAAAUGGUGACGAAGUUUGGGCACCUUUAAUUUUUAUGGGCAUGUCGCAUACGCGUUGAAGGAUAAACGAUCAGUUUUCUGGUGUGCAAACAAGAUAAUAUUUGAAUGUGUAUGUUACUUUUUUGUUUUGAACAUUACUUGAAGACGUCCAGCAAGAAGAAACUCGAUAAUAAAGGGAAACUGUUUUGAAGGUGUCUCCGCAUACGGAUCAACUUGUCGCUGGGUGUUGCCAACGAGUGAAAAAAUUGAUAAUUUUGGCAAUCGCAGUGCUUCGGUGGCAAUCAAAAUGUAUUAAAUAUGUGGCCGUGAAAUGAUGAAAUCACCUGAAAAAGGAAAUAGCUAAAAUUAUUCAGCAUCGAACAUGAAGUAGUGUGGUUUUACCUGAUGCAUCAAAGUGUUUUCGUUGGCUUUUAAUGUGCCAACCUGCGUGAGCUUAAAAAAAUCAGGAGAAAAACGAAAAAAAUCAUUCUGGUUUAGCUUUUGUACGGAAAGAACGCCUAGAUUUGAUUGUUUAUUUGUGGCUCUGUAGAUAUGUUGUAACCUUCAUAGCACGUGAGGAAAAUCCCAUACACACUCUAAGCGGAACGAGUAAAUCCCGCGGUCUGGGCGAACAUUUUCCCACAUCGUUUUCAGUUGCAGCAUCUUCCAAUAUCUUCAAUGUACACAGCGUGAAACGAUGUCAUCACAAGAAAUGCGAUCCUAGCAAAAAUGCUCGUUCAACUGAACGUGAUGAGGUAAUAGGACAAAUACAUCCAACCACCCGGGUUGCUCGGUUUUCCGCAUUGUGGGGCUGUAAUUUGGUCUUCACUCUAACUAAAGCAAACAUCAGGAAACAUACGAAGAAAAGCAGGAAAAAAAUAGAAGAAGUACGUUGGCUGGCGGUCGAAACAUGAUUACAUCGAGCAGAAACUUAUCAUCCAAACAAGACACAAGCGGCAUUUGUCGAUACGGAACGGUGCCCAAAUAAACCAAAUCAAACUGGAAAACUCAGGAGGAAAGGAUCGAACGUGAUUUAGGGAUAGAUUGAAUUUAAAUUUAAACAUCACCAGCAAAGUACAAACUUAACGGUUACUGAAAACUGUCACGAUGCCACCAAGUCAGAAGGUCACAAAGAAAUGGGAAAUUUUUGCUGGACGAAACAAGUUUUAUUGCGAUGGGUACCUAAUGACGGCUCCCAAUUCCGGUGUCUUUUACUUCACCGUUGUGCUCAUCACCGGAACCAGCGGUCUAUUUUUCGCGGUCGACUGUCCGUUUUUGGCAGAACGGAUAACACCGGCUAUUCCGAUCAUUGGAGGCAUCCUGUUUGUGUUCACGAUGAGUUCACUUUUUCGCACCUCAUUCAGCGAUCCGGGAAUUAUUCCACGCGCCUCCCAAGAUGAGGCUGCUUACAUCGAAAAACAGAUUGAAGUGCCGAACUCACUGAACAGCCCGACAUAUCGGCCGCCACCGCGAACGAAAGAGGUCUUCGUCAAAGGUCAAACUGUGAAGCUCAAGUAUUGCUUCACGUGCAAAAUAUUUCGACCGCCUCGUGCAUCACACUGUAGUCUAUGUGAUAAUUGCGUUGAUCGCUUUGAUCACCAUUGCCCUUGGGUGGGCAACUGUGUGGGAAAACGGAACUAUCGUUUUUUCUAUAUGUUUAUAGUCUCUCUCGCGUUCUUAGCAGUAUUCAUUUUUUCUUGUACAACAACGCAUAUAGUUUUGUUGUUCAAAGAUGAGGAUCAGUUUUUUGACAUUGUCAAAAAGACUCCGUUUAGUGUGAUAAUAGCGAUAAUUUGUUUCUGCUCGGUGUGGUCGGUGAUAGGACUCGCCGGGUUCCAUACCUACCUAACUACCAGUGAUCAGACAACGAAUGAAGAUAUAAAAGGUUCUUUUACUUCGAAAGGCGGCCAGCAAACGAUCAAUCCCUACUCUCAAGGAAAUAUUUGCCUAAAUUGUUUCCACAUUCUUUGCGGACCAAUAACUCCAUCGCUAAUCGAUAGGAGGGGAGUCGUGACUGAUGAAUAUCGAACACAGAUGCAACCUCCGGACAAAUACAAUAAUGCACCAGUUCCGCCACUGGUCGUUAUGCAACCAGGAUUAGAAUCAAUAAACAAAUCGUAUAACUUAGAGAAUGAAAACUCAAAUGCUGGUGUAUUCAGACAGCGCAGCUACGAUAACUUACAGAAUGGUAAGUCACCAUCCAUCAAAUCAUCACUUAGCAGUAUCAAUAAUCUAACUAAUCUGAAUGUGACUAAUUCAAACCAUCUUAAUACUAGCAAUAAUAGUAGCCAAAUCAAAAAUGUCCAAUUAUCGCAAUCUCCAUCACAGUACAAUAAUCUCUCAUUGUCUUAUGUAAAUCAUUCACAAAAACCGCAACCGAAACUGUAUCAUUCCGCGACAUGCAAUGUGUCCUUAUCAAACUUCAUGCCAACUCACAACACUCCUAUGCUUAAUAAUGAUCCAAAAACCAACUACCAACCGACCCCACGUUGUCUGCAACCGCAACACCAUCUGGCGGCAGCACCGAUACCAACGAAUUUUAAGUAUUUUGCUCCGCAGUCCAAGUACAAUACGUACAGCGAAAGUCAGAAUCAACUGGUCCCGCAAACUUCUACAGAAAUGCUACAAAAUCACCAAUCUAAUGACGCACAGCAAGUACUUCAGCAUCAACAGCAGCAGCAACAAAUCAAUAUCAACAUCAAUUUGACUCUCCCAAGGUAUCCGUAUCAUAAAAAUCGCGCCAUAGGUAGAAAAUCUCCUCAAGACCUGCAACUACACGACCAAUCUAGCAAAUUGUUUUACUCAAACCAUGCUCCUUACUAUAGCCAUUCUAGCACGAACAGCCUAAACACUAGCUGUGGUGCACCAUCGAACAAUAACUUGCUAGUGCUUUCCGAUUCUUCAUCCUCUUCGACUACUACAAUUUCUUCAACGACUUCCACUAGCUCGUCGAUGGAACAAUCACUGAUGUUGCCAUCGGGAUCGUCGUCUUAUCUCAAUAGUUACGACACGAUAUCUGAGCAGCUUCCAACAAACUCCCUUCCACAUACAUGCCCCGGAAGUCCCCGGGUGCAGUGUGCUAGCCCUAGCUGCAGUGAAUUGGAUCCGAUGUUACAGAAAACAAAACAAACGCAUCACAAAAAUUACAAGCUUUAUAAACAUAAAUAUCAACAACAACAGCAACAGACAGUGCACAGCUCUAUUGCGAAUGCUAUAUCGCCCCAGUCAUCCUUUAGCCAGUUCAGUCCAAGUUUUUGGAGUGCCAACAGCAAUAGAAGCAGUGUCAUUAGCACCGGAACACUCGGUUCUAUUGGCUUUGCUGCCGUUGGCAAUGGAAGUGUUAAUGGUGGCGGAGGAGAUUGCAACGGUAGCAUUCUCAGCGGUGGAAAUUAUCAGAAUUAUGGCGGCGUCGGGGUAAUCGGCAGUAACGGUAGCAGUCCCUACGCACAGCGCCGUGCUGAUAAACAGCGGUUUUCCAACGUGUACGACUAUAAAUUCAACAAUUUCGAUCUAAACUCAAUACACGAAGACGCUACGAACGAAACAUAACACAUAUUGCAUUUUUAGUUUUGUAAUUUUUUAUAAGCCUUGAAGAGAGUGUGCAAGCAAACUGAAUUAGACUCAGUUUGGGCUUUGUUUUUCGCAUGCGCUCUGCUUUAGCUUCGGAGGGUACACAGUUAUUGGCAUUCAUGGUUGAUUGAAGUGGUUGUAGCAGAGAUAUUCCGUGAAAAUCUUACAUUGUACAAUUUUAGUGUCUCCCUUAUUUCGAACUAUUGUACAAACUUGUAUUUAGUGCAGAUUUAUUCGUUUUUUUAUGGCAACACAGUUUAAAAUUACACUAUUCAAUCAAAACACCAGAAGGCUUAUUUGUUGAAUUUUUAGACAAAUUCUAACUAGGGAGGGGUUUUAGAAAGAAAUUUAAUGACACUUUUUAUAUCACAUUACUCUAUCAGUUCAAUUUGAAAUUCUAUACUACUUCUAUCUUUAGUUCUAUGUCUAUUUUUCCCUCUUUUCAUUUCAAUAGAAUUCGCGAAAGUAUUACUCAAUCAGUGUAUUUGAAUUUCGUUUAGUUUUUUUACUGUUUUUGGCAAUGAUUUUCAACCUGAGAUAACAUGAAACAAGCUAAAGUACAGUUCAUAAGUUGUGGCAACUUUGGUAUCACCUCGUCCGAUUUGAGAACGACUCAUUUCACAAAGAAGCGCGUUGCAUUAAAAUCAGUUAUCAAAGAAUUGAAUGGAUUUAAUAUAAGAAGAAAUUAUCGACACUUACUAUCCGAGUACAUGCGAAGAUAAAUGUACGCCCUAUCAUCAGCGAAAUCAAAAUUAAAUGUGGAAUUCAAAUGACAUGUUCUUGUAAAAGAACGAAUUAAAAUCAAAUAAAGACAGAUUUAACAUAUCACUCAAUAAUUCCUGUGGAUAACUAAAAAACCAUCUUUUUUGUCAAAAAUCGAUUUUAUUAGUCUAUGUAAUCUCUAUCAAGAGCAAUACAAUCCUUCCAACGCUUCUCUAACCUCUCGAUGUCGAUGUCAAAAUAGGCUUCACAUUCAGUAGUUGUGAAAUGAGUUUCGUUUUUUUUAUAUCAGCGAAUUUCCAGAUCUGAACUAUACGGUGGAUGAGCAAGCAAUUCGAAGUGUAAUUCGUUCAUUUUAACCAACAUUUCCAUCGACUUGUGAAUCGGUGCAUUGUCUUAUACAAAACAGUGAUUUUUGCUUCGGCAUAUGAGGUCGUUUUCAUUGAAUUUUGCAUUCAAACGAUCUAACAACACUAUGUAGUAUAUGCUACUGAUUCUUUUUUCUUCAAGAUAGUCGAUAAAUGUGCAUCCCGAAAGCCUUAACCUUUUCAUAACAACUGUCAGCUGUGCUUUUGGAUGCUACGGACGUGGUUCACCGGCUGUAGUCCACUCAGAUGAUGAUCGCUUUGUUUGCGAAGUGAAGUGGUGGAUCCAUGUUUCAUCCAUUAUAAAAUAUAGACGCAUAAAAUCUGAUUGGAUAAAUACUGAUCUGAAUCAUCAUACGUUAUUAUUGAGUUAUGAGUGAGUAAACGUGGCGCCCACUCUGAAAACUUUUCUAAUGGACAAAUGUCCAUGCACAAUUGUAAACACACUGUUUUCUAAUAUCUUUAGGGCCUCAGCUAUCUCGCGCAAAUCUAUGAUCAGAUAUUACCAAUUUGUGGACUUUUAUAUGUUCUCUGGAGUACUUACCAUUAGACGACCAGAACAUUCACUAUCAUCGGUGUCUGUACGAGACGUUAAAAUACAGCAAACCAAUAACAAAUAGUUCUUUACGAUGAAGCAGAGUACGGAAAACACUUGCAGAGCAUGUACAGUAUUGUUUUCAUCAAGAAACAAUGAUAAAUUCAUGUUUUUUAAACUAUUCGUAACGAUCCACCUUGCUCGCUGCGCGCCUCUUCUUCUUGCACCAGUCGGAUUAGAUUCAAGAACCAUUUCCACUGGGCUGUCGUCCGACAUCUUUAUGACAUGUCCAGUCCAUCGUAGACGUCCGAUUUUAGCUGUCCGUACGAUACAUCGUACCUAGUACGGUUACAGCAGUGCUAUUCACGGCAGACCUUAUAUUCCUCCAGCCGUCUUCAAGAGUCGCCGCGCCAAGCUGCUCUUUCGUUGGUAGCACUAGCUUCAGUUGGUGCGCGUAUUCCUCUGCAGUACGAACGCUACGUAGCUGCUCGAGAUUGAGUCCCGGCGUUCCUGUGCGACGAGUGUUGCACCGUCGAUAGUUUUGAGCGCAUGCAAACCGCGACAAGGUAGUGGUCAGAAUCAAUGUUGACACUGCGGUAAGUGCGGAUAUUGAUGACGUUGGAGAAGAAUCGCUCGUCGAUGAGAACGUGGUCGUAUAUGUUGUGUUUGUGUAUAAGAUAUGAAGGGGGAACAAGGUGCUUCGAACUACCAUUCCUCGGGAGGCUGCAAAGUUUACGCAUCAUUGAUCGUUUUCGUUUGUUACCGCGUGCAGGCUCUUCAGCCCGAUCACAGGCAUGUACAUUGCCUUCCGGCCUACCUGACCAUUCAUGUCGCCGAUGACGAGUUUUACACCCCGUAGUGGACAGCUGUCGUAGAUUCAUUCCAGCUGCGCGUAAAAUGCUUCCUUCUCAUCAUCGGGUCUCGUCUCAUGUGGGCAGUGCUCAUUGAUGAUGCUAUAAUUGAAGAAACGGCCCUUGAUCUUCAAUACGCACAUCCUGUCACUGAUUGGCUGCCACCCAAUCACGCGCUGACGCAUCUUGCCCAACACUAUAAAUCCCGUUCCUAAAACGCUGGUUGUGCCACAGCUCUAGUAGAAGAUAGUCGCUCGAUGCCCACUUUCCGUCCAACAAAGUUCCUGCAGUGCUACGAUAUCGAAGCCGCGAAUUUGAAGCUCAUCAUGCAGCAUUCGAUCGUAUCCUAGAAAGCCAAGCGUUUUGCAGUUCCAUGUGCCAAGCUUCCAAUCGUAGUCCUUGGUUCGUCGCGUAGGUCUUUGCCGAUUAUUCCGAGUCGUAUUUCUUUCUUGAUUGUGCGUAACAUGUGUUUUAGGGGCGGCUUGUUAGGCCUGCACCAACUUCCUAUCUCGCCGGAAGGCCAUCAUGUCAGCACUGUUUAAAAUCCCACACUGACACAAGGACGGUAAUCAGCCACUCCUAACAUGGAGAACAGACGCUGUUUCGAGCCGCCCCAACAUGGGGAACAGACGCUCGGGUAGGCUCGCUCUCUGUACAGAGAAGGCAUAUUGUAUUUUAUUUCUAGUGUCUUUUUAAUUAAACUGAUGGUCAUAAUCCAAUGAAACUCAAUUUUCGAGGAGAUUUCACAGAAAACUCUACCACUAGUUGCUCGAGAUUUGCGAAAAGUAUCAGUACUGGAAAAGAAAAAGUUGUAGUUAGGGAAUCGGUUUUUCUUUAAAAGUGCCUAUCUUGCAAUUAUGGACAUAAUUACCUAUCUUAGGACAAAAUUUCAUUUCAUAAAAGUAGGUUUUAAAUUUUUAUAAUCGAAUUUACUCGAAAAAAUUUGACUAGGUGCUAGGUUCGAGUUGAUGUGCAAUUAUUCAAUGCAUGGGACAUUCAAAAUAAUUAAUUAAUGAGUUAAUUUAAAUUUGCUUCGUAACAUAAAAUUAAGAAGCACUGUAAUAAUAAUUUAAACAUGUGUGGAAUUUUCGAUUAUUAAUAGUAUACGCGGCACGUCAUCCUCUCACAAAUUGGGCUUAAUAUUUAAUUCUAAGGCGGUUACUACUUUCCGUUUACUUCAGUUUUCGAUACAAAAACACUGGAAAAAAUUCAGUUUAAAUAAGAAAAUGUUUUGAUUGAAUAACCUGUUUUCCCUAAAAGUGCCCAUCUUGCAAUGUUCAACCAAACAAAUUUUGUGAAUAUACUUUUUUGUAGGAUUUUACAUUUUUCGACUAUCACCAUUUCGUAAAAUGGGCAGAAAAGAUUGGACCAUUUUCAAUAGACAGACAAGAUCAGUUGAAUAAAACAAUGCAUACAACGUUGUAACAAAAUCUACCCAAAGUUUGGCUUUUUGUGACAAAAUCUACAUAUCUAAAAAGUUUCAUUAAAAUAUGAGAGGGUUCUACGUCAAUAGUAAAUACGAGGUCUGUUCAAAAAGUUCCCGGAAUUUUUUAUUUGCGCGCGUCUGGAGAGUCCGGUGGUAAAAUUUUUUUUUUAUUGUGUUGGUACAUAUGUCCCUCAUGUAUGGUGAAAUUUUCAGCUGUAUUCAUUGUUUACAUUCUGUCUUGUAGCGGCUGGAGUAGACGUGUUUUUUUGAGCUUGGCGAUUUUUGUCUUGGUGACGUUGGGUGCUUCCACGUGGACGAUUGUGCUUUUGUUUCGACAUCAUAACCGUACACCCAUGUUUCAUCACCAGUUAUGACCCUUUCAAGUAAAUUUGGAUCGUCGUUUAACAGCUCCUGAGCGAUGGCAAUGCGUUUGUUUUUUUGAUCAAAAUUCAGCAGUUUUGGAACGAAUUUUGCUGCCACUCGUUUCAUGCCCAAAACAUUUGAAAAAAUAUGAUGGCAUGAGCCAACUAAUAUGCCAACUUCAUCAGCAACUUCUCUAAUAGUGAUUCGGCGAUCAUCCAUAAUCAUUUUUUCCACUUUUCCCACAUUUUCAUCGAUUAUUGACGUGCUGAGUCGACCGGAGCGUUCGUCGUCUUCAACGUCUUCGCGGCCAUCUUGGAAACGCUUAUACCACUCGUAAACACUUGUUUUUUUCAUAGCAGACUCACCGUAGGCUCUCUGUAACAUUUCGCACACUUGGUUACACUUUAUUUCAUUUUUCACGCAUAAUUUAAUACAAAUUCUUCAAUUCUUCCAUUGUUUAAACUAACAAAAAUCGCCGAGCUCAAAAAAACACGUCUACACCAGCCGCUACAAGACAGAAUGUAAACAAUGAAUACAGCUGAAAAUUUCACUAUACAUUAGGGACAUAUGUACCAACACAGUAAAAAAAAAUUUGACCACCGGACUCUCCUGACGCGCGCAAUUAAAAAAAUCCGGGAACUUUUUGAACAGACCUCGUAUAUUACUCGUGUAACGGUCACUUCAAGCGUCAGUAACCUUGUUAGUUAUUCAAACGUUUAAUUUAUUCGAAAAAUAGAAGAUUGAUGCUUUCUAUUGAAACUAAUAUUCAUGCGUAUAAGGGACAAUGACAACAGAAUUUUAAUGAUAAGAAAGCUAAACUUUGAGUUAUUUGAUAUCUGAACGCAAAAAAUACCUGUUUAUCACGAAACCACGCACUUUAAAUGAAAAAUUGAUUUCCGAUCUGGUAUUGAUGAUAUUUUGGACACUGUUGGAUAACUUGAGCGGCCUUUAUGUGCCACAAUCUCUUCAUCUCUGUCGCAUCCCGAGUUACCUUGCCAGAUCAUGAGUUUUCUGUUGAAUUUAACGAUAAAACUUACUAGAGAUGUCUCCUCAACCAAUCGUUUUAUAGAAUUUUUACCCUGGAAACUGUGCAUAAUCUAUCCUCACGUACGUUUUCGAUUAAAAUCGACCCAAUGAUACCGUCAGCCCACCAACUUGACCAGAUAGUCAUUUUGCGAAGUCUACGCGAAGUUUGCGAAGUGUAUUUUUCAUGGAACGCCAAUUUCCGUAACAAAAUUUAAUGAAUCAAAUGUAUUGCUCUGUUGUUGAAAAACAACUAUUGUCAAAAUCAUUCCUAAUAUUUGUUUUGAGCUUUUAGGUACCAGUUUUUAUUUGUGUUGCAUAGAAACUUAUUUGUGUCUGUGAAAUUUUUGAUUUUCGAAAAUAACAUUUCGGAUUUUAGAAACAAACAAAUGAAAAUACUACGACGAAUGAAAACAAUGAACGAAACCUGUUCAGAGGCCAUUGCCGCUAGAAAACAUUACGUAACAGAAAUAGAGCUUAUUCCGGUUUCAUAAAUUGCACUUUGUUUAAGUUUUCAAAGAUUUAUAGAUUGGAAUGCCAUUACAACUGUUGAUAAUUAUUAAUUGAUAUUUACAAUGAGAAAAAAAGAAACAUACCUGGAAGAACAGUUUAGUUUGUUGGUGUUAACGAUGAAAGGUGCUCAUUAUGUUCAUCCAGCACUCCAUAAUCCAGGUCAUCGUGCGUUUUUUUCGACUGCGAAUUGAUUCUAAAAUUGAUGAAGUUAGGUAGGAUAGCUACCUUCGAUCUUCGAGUUCGGCAUUAUCGAACUAAACAGAGUCGGUUCGAUACUGAUUCUUGUUUUGUGCUUAAAUGGUCAUAAAUUGACAAGCGGAAUUCGAACGAAAUCUGUGAACUAUGCUAAUGGCUUGAAAAACAGAGAGAGUUAUACAUUGUUCGUUAUUAAUUGAAAUUUAGACCUGCCUUUUUUCUAAAAUAUAUGCUUACACUUACUCGAAUCGAUGCUUAGAAAUAUUUCCAACCAGUGCAAUUGAAGAUCUGUUUGAAAUUGGUUUUGCUCUGUAUGUUCAAAAUCUGACCACUGUUUGUACGGUUUUUGGAAUUCGCAUUCUAUAUAGAAAUCGCAUCUCUAUAUAGAAAUAACGUUGUAGUCCUACGUCAAAAAAAUCAGCAGAUGGACCACCCAGUACUAUCUCGUAUAAGAGACAAUGACAACAGAAUGUACUGAAUUAUGGAAGUAAUACAGAGUUUUUAAUACAUAAUACUGAUUCGAUAAUUAGUUUUCGAUCCUCGAAGCAUUGCUAGAUCAAUUCAAAAUGUACUCAUUAAAGCUUCUGCACUUAAAGAAAUUUACUAAAGGCUGGAAAACAAUCCAAGAUUUUUCAUUUUGUUCCAUCUAGCUUUUUAGAUUGUUGAAUUAAAAACGGAUAAUGCACAACACCUAUGUUGCCAUACUGAUUCUAUCCUUCGAAGCAGAACAAAAAAUUACAAAACACCUAAAAAUGCAUAUUGGAUACGCUGUUGCUAUUGAGAUACUGUUGUUUGGUUGAUUUUACUUUCCGAAAGAAUGUGUAUGGAACAAUAUAUGAGAAGAACCUCCCAUGGAACAAAGGUGCAUACAUCUAUGGUAGCAUGAAUGUAAAAGAUGACCAAAUAACAAACCGUGUGCUUCUUACAUAAGUUUUAUACUGACCUAAACAGACGACUGAAGCUUAUUUUCAAUGAAGAGAUGAAAAUACUACGACGAAUGAAAACAAUGAACGAAACUUGUUUAGAGGCCAUCGCCGCUAGAAAGCAUAAUGUAACAGAAAUAGAGCUAAUUCCGGUUUCAUAAAUUGCACUUUGUUUAAGUUUUCAAAGAUUUAUAGAUUGGAAUGCCAUUACAACUGUUAAUAAUUAUUAAUUGAUAUUUACAAUGAGAAAAAAAAGAAACACAAAACAAAUAGAAUGACCCUUUUCUGAACUAUCGACAGCAAACAUACAAACUAAGCUGUUGGUGCUUUUAACAAAUGCACAUUUGUUUUUUUCACCGCUUUUUCAUAUCAAACACUAAAAUGAAAUACUAGAUUACACCACAAAAUACAAGGUCUUGUGAGAGGAUUAAAUACUAUUCUACGCUACGGAAUGUGGAGACAAGCUGCAAUUGUCGAGAAAUAAGAUGCAGAUCAAUAGUGUACAUACUUUUGACUGUCGAUUACCUUCGUUUUUGCUGAGUAGAACUACACCAGAGAUUUUUUAAACAGAAUAUUUUAUAAAUCAUUGCUCUUCACUACAAAACGCUUGCAUUCUGGCAAAAAAAAAUACUUCUUAUUAAUUAUUUCAUCUCACUUCUUAAUGCAAAAAAUGGUUUGUGUGUUCCAAAAAUGAUAGAACGAAUACCAACAGUAAAUGUUGGCUGUGGCUUCAUAAAUAAAAGAUACAUUAUUAUUAUUAUUAUUAAUUAGUUUAGAAUAACCUCAAGUACUCCGUAUAGUGUAAGGAAGGGUAUAAAAGCAACAUUGAUCGUUUACAAUGAAAGUUACAAAGUGCAUUAUGUAUUGUUGACAUUUGACUCCAUUGCCAGUAGCAUUGAGGCUUGGACUACUCAUUUACAUUUAGAUUGAUUGUUAUUCUAAAACAAGUGCUAAAAGUACUAAUUCAACUAGCGCUAGGCGCAAUGAUUUAAGAAUUGUUUUCGGUGCGUGCGAUGGAGAGCAGAAUAAAAAUGAAAUUAAUAAUUAAUAUUUAUUUACAAACAUACUCUAUUUUGCUAAUCAAACUGUGAACAUUGAUGAAUCAAUAGUUAUGAUCCAAGCAAAGAAGACUAAACGAUAAUAAAAAGUCCUUUUCAAAACUAA